AUGCCGUCGUUCCAAGGCUGGAUAGAUCUGCGGCCGGAGCUCCUCUGUCGCGUCGCCGAUGGCCUCGACGACCUCAGGUUCUACACCAGCGUGCGCGGCACCUGCACGGCGUGGCGUGGCGCGCUCGCGCCGCCUGCACCAUCGCUGCUCGUCCUCCUCCGCGACGACGCCACCAGACGUCGGCACGCCGCCAUCGUCUCGCUCCCCGCGCACCGCUCCUUCGGCCUCCAGGCAAUCCCCUCAGGCUCGUCCUGCCCCAACGCCUCGCCCCCGAUGCGCGGCUCCUUCGAGUUCAUGGCCACCUACCCGAUUAGGAGCUACCUCGGUUGCGGAGGCGGGUGGCUUGCCCUCUCCGUCUGCCUCUACGACGGCCAAAGCCUGCUCACCCUCUUCCACCCAGUCACCGCCGCCGAGAUCCUCCUACCGCCGCUCAUCUACGACACCCGCUUGCUCUCCAAGAUCGUUUUCGCGCCUGACCCCGCUAGGGAAGACUUCAUCACGGCCACCAUCUGCGACAUCGACAGGCUCGCCUACGUCACCGCGGGGGCUAGGAGGUGGGCCGUCCUUGACCGCGUCCGUCUUGCCACCGGAGACCAGCUCGUCGAUGUCAUCUACCAUCAAAUUGGUCAAAAUGGUAUGGUUUACUGCCUCACUCGAUUUGGGAAUGUUUAUGUGCUCCGCCUACCAGAACGUCGCCGCCGAGAACCCGUCAUCAUCGAGGACCAGACAUCAGCAGAGGAUCUUGUAACGCAUAACAGGCGCAUCAUUCAAAUGCACAAUGCCGGAUCGGACCUGAAUGCGCCGGCUAGCGUGCAACCACUACUCUUUUCUUCGGUGAGCAGUUUCACCCCACUGUACGUAGCUGUUUCGGAUUUCACAAGUGCCAAGAACCUGGUGUUCUGCAAUGGCAACCUAUACCAGAUCCGGAGGAAUGCUAGUUGUACCGUCACUUUGCAUCUGGCGGGAGGCAGUCAUCGCCGUAUAGAGGAGGAUGAAAUAUUUGUUCUCAAGUAUAAUCCCCGACGCAGGCCUUGCUGGGACGCGGUGGCUGACUUGGGGGGAUACUCAGUGUUUGUUGGGAGGAGCAAUGCGGUGUCAAUGCAUGCUGAAGGUGUUCCAGGGCUCAAGGGUAACUGUGUCUACUGGAUAGGUGGGAGAGGUAGGGAUCAAGGCAUGGUCUUUGACAUGGGGACCGGGAAAUCUACACCUUGCCUUCCCCCUACGGCUGGUGUCGUUCCAGGGCCUCUACAGUGUACAAUCUGCUGGUACUUUCCGAGGAAGGUAGUGAAUAACUGCAAUACAAAUGAAUUAGGUGUUUAUGGGACCCGAGCAAGGGUUCGGGCUCAACGUGCACAAGACAUGUCACAAUGA